UUUUUGUUGACUCCGUUGUCUCCUGAUCCCAGCCUCUCAAAGAGGCCUUUUCUUCCCCCUCCACCAAUAGGCUGGAGCUGUCAUGGGAGGGAGCCCUUGGCUGCUUUCCAUGUGCUCUGCCAAGGAAUGUGGCUAAAAAAAGAGAGAAAACACACAACAGUGGAAUAGUUGGAAGGGUCCCUUCCGAUGCAGCGAGCGCUGAGCUCCAAGCAGAUACCAUGAAGCGGUAGCAACGGCUGGGGAACUCCCUUCUACCUUCGCUGGACCAGGAUGCCAGUGUUCAACCCUCUAACAAGGGGCUAGAGAAGAGCGAAGCCACAUAGGAGAGUUAGAGGCUCUGAGGGCUUCACUGCUGCUCUCCUGAAGGCCAAGCCACCUGCACCUUUAAUAUUUAUUCCCCCGCCCUCCUCUGACCUAAAAUGCUGACGAUAAAGUUGCCUCAGAUAUUCAGGGUUCACCAAGUACCUCGUAUCUUCUGGGAGGAUGGCAUCAUAUCCGGCUACCGCCAUCCAAAGAGCUCUGCCUUGGACUGCAUCCUGAGCUCCUUCCAAAUGACCAACGAGACUGUCAAUAUCUGGACCCACUUCCUCCCGACCUGGUAUUUUGUGUGGCGGUUCCUGGUGCUCUCUUCCUCCCUGGAUUUCUGCAGAGAUGCCUACAACUGGCCUUUCCUCGUCUACAUGCUGCUGGUCUGCCUGUACCCCUUCACCUCCAGCUGUGCCCACACCUUCAGCACCAUGUCCACCCACGCCCGCCACAUCUGCUACUUCUUUGACUAUGGCGCCCUCAGCCUCUACAGCCUGGGCUGUGCUUUCACAUAUGGAGCCUAUGCGAUGCCAGACCGUUGGGUUAACAGCACUUUACACCAUUACUUUGUACCAAUGGCUGCUUUUAACUCAUUUAUCUGCACCAGUCUGUCUUGUUACUCCCGUUUCCCGGAAUUGGAGUGUCCCCGGCUGAGCAAGGUUUUACGGACAACGGCCUUUGUGUAUCCCUUUGUCUAUGACAAUAUCCCGCUGUUUUAUAGGCUUCUGUUCUGCGUCGGGGACGGCUGCACCUGGAAUGAUGCCACCGCGGGUUACUUCUACCACCUCUUCUUUGCCCUGCUCACCGGCUUCCUCUUUGCCUCCCACCUGCCAGAACGCCUGGCGCCUGGGCGCUUUGACUACAUUGGGCACAGCCACCAGCUGUUCCACAUCUGUGCAGUGGUGGGCACACACUUCCAGCUGGAGGCUGUCCUGUCGGACGUGCGCUCACGGCAGGCCUGGCUGAGCACCCAGGCCCCGGCGCCCGCCUUCUCCGCCACCUUCGGCACCGUCAGCCUGGCCCUGCUGGGGAACCUGCUCAUCAUCGGGGGUUUCACUGUGGCCCUGCUACGCUGGCCGGGCGGCUCCUCCAUCCUGCAGAGCACCGUGCCCGAGGCGGGCCGUCCCAAGGAGCAGUGAUGCCCACCCACCCGCCCCCAGGAACAGCAGCUCUGAGCAUAAAAUCUCUCUUUCGACUCCCGCCCAGUGACCCGUCCAAGGAGAAGUCCAUUGUCCCCUCACAGGUGAUGCCAGUAGAGGGUUCGCACUGCGGCACGUUUCUCAUUUCCGCUCUCCUGUCGCAUUGACUCUUGGCUGAGCUUUAUGCCCUGGCCAAAAUCUGCCUCCAGAUCCCUCCCUGAGAGUUUCUACGCGGCAAGCUGGACUCUGUGAUUGCGCAGCCCGGGUGGACAGAGGUUAGCUGGAGCCGAGCUAGCGCGAGUCUGUCUACCCUGCACUGCGACUCACACCUC